CCUCCUCCACCUCCGGCCCCUCUUCAAACAUGUAUGCUCUUACAUUAUGAAUGGUUUCACUUGGAAGAAUUUUUCAACGGUGUUACUCUCCAUGUGGGGACUACCCUCGAGCCAUCCCCAUAUAACUCGAACACACUAGAGUGCUCCCACCCUGUAGUUAAAUUGGUUCUUGGCCAACAUCCAAAGGGGGGAGGAGCACUUCGAAGCCAAGAAUAUAGCGUCACUUGGCAGCCAUAUGUCAAUGCAACUAAUUGCAGAGAACUCCAACGAAUUCACGAGUUUUGCACACGACCCUUAUGAUCCUUGACGUUCGAAAUCCACGUUUGAUGAUGAAGUACGAUGCUUGUUGGCAUGGGUACUGGGUGAUAAAUACCUGGCCAUGGGCUGAAAAUAUGGAAAGAUGUGAUCGCCCUUUCAUGCCAAAGACAACGCCUUGGUCACUCAUCCCAUCAACUAAGCAAUGAGUACCAAAUCCAUAAUCAGCGCCAUAUUGGCGCUCGGCGUCGUCUGUGCAGCUCAAACAACCUCCGAGGCUCAAGUCCCGAUCGCAGCCCGAACGCCCGGCGACGUGGAAUCGGACUGGACCGCCGUCUUCUAUCCCGCCGACUUGGCGAACAGCCCGCUUCUGAUCGGCAACGAUGGCGGCGCCGCGUCAGGGGGAUUCCGUGCCUGGAGUCUCAAUCCCACCGGCAACACAACAACAACCACAGAGAUGGGCCAUGAGACGCCCGGCCGGACCAAGCUAGUGACCACCAUUUACGGUGUUGGCAGCGGUGCCAACCAAAAGGAUCUCAUCGUCACCAUCGCGCAGACGGACUCGUACUUCCGGCUCUACGAAGCCGGUUCUGGGAACGUGACGCAGGUGGGCGAGCCGUUUGCGCUUACGCUGGGUGAUUGGUCAGCGCUGUGUGCGUGGAAAAGCGAGGGGAGCGGGGAGCAGUAUCUGUACCUCUUUGGGAAGAACCAGGGGCUGCAGCUGUUGAUGCGCGAGAGCAAUGGUACGGUGCCAUAUGAGUUGGUUGAGGUGCAGACGUUUGAUACUCCUGUUGAGGCGUCUGCAUGUGCUGUUUCAAUCAAUGCCGAGAUGGUCUAUUUCACUGGGGAUGAUAGCCCGGUCGUUUACGGAUUUGUCGCAGAAGAGUCAACAGCUACGCCGGCAAUUAGCAUUGUUGGUGAGGCGGGAGAUGAUGUCACGGGGUUGGCGACUUAUAUCGGGGCAGAGGAGGAUUAUCUCCUUGUGGCGCUGAAGGAUGCUGUAGAGAUUUAUUCUUCAUCGAUGGACAUUCUUGGGACCAUGACAUUGACUGGGGAUGACGAUAUCGAGGUUCAGGGGCUCAAUGUGUAUCAGGGCGUCACUCGGUCGUAUCCCGCUGGGGCGCUCACUUACGCCGUUGAGAGUGCCACCGGGACAGGAUUCGGUCUCAGCUCGCUGCAAAGCGCAUUCACCGCCCUCGGCCUCGAGACCCACACUGCGUACGAUCCACGCUCGCAGACGAACACAUCGGACUCUAUUAUCUGCGAUGCGUGCAACCAAGGCGGCUUUUGCGCGACGGACGCAUCGUGUUCUUGCUUCGCCGGCUUCAACGGGACGAGUUGCGAGUCAUUCACCUGCCACGACGACUGCUCAGGCCACGGAACAUGUAUAGGUGCCAACAUCUGCGAGUGUGAAAGCCACUGGGGAGGGUUAUACUGCGGCUUCAAAGUGGUUCCUGCCGCGCAUGAGACGGAGGCCAAUGGGGGUGACGGCGAUGACCCGGCUAUUUGGAUCCAUCCCGUCGAUAAGGCCCAGUCGAAGAUCAUCACCACCACCAAGUCGAAUGUUGGUGCGGGAUUGGGCGUGUUUGAUCUGAAUGGGACGCUGGUGCAGACUAUUGCUGCGGGACAGCCGAACAACGUGGAUGUUAUCUACAAUUUCCAGGCCGGUAACCGUACUAUUGAUUUGGUGUACGCUGCUUGUCGUGAGAAUAAUACGCUUUGCUUAUUCGAGAUAACCUCCGACGGUAUCCUCCAGCCCAUCUCCGGUGGCUCCCAAUUCACCAAGCCCGAUUACGACGUCUACGGCAGCUGCGCCUACCGCUCGCGCAAUUCAGGCACGCAAUACCUCUUCGUCAACGCCAAGUCGGCCGAGUACCUGCAGUACUCUCUCACCUGGUCCACCUCCACCGCCUCCCUGCAAACCACCCUCGUACGCAACUUUACCGGCGGCUCUGGCGGGCAGGUCGAAGGCUGCGUCGCCGACGAGGCUAACGGCUGGCUUUUCCUCGGCGAGGAGCCCAGGGCGUUGUGGAGGUACGGUGCUGAGCCUGACUCGAAUGAAACUGAGGGCGUGAUAGUAGGCGAAGUAGGAGACGGUCACAUGCACGCUGACGUCGAAGGCGUGACUCUCGUUGAAGGCCCCACGGCGGAUACAGGAUUUAUACUAGUCAGCACGCAAGGCGUCAGCGCAUAUAACGUAUACCGCAGGGCUGCGCCACAUGAAUACGUGAUGACAUUUAUGAUUGAGGCGAAUGAAGUGGGGGGCGUGGAUGCGGUGAGUAACACGGAUGGGAUUACGGCUGUCGGGACGGGGCUGGGGGAUAGGUUUCCGGCGGGACUGGUGGUGAUGCAUGAUGAUGCGAACCAGCUAGCUGAGGGGGGAACAAGCGAUGAGGCGAGUUUCAAAAUGGUUGGGUUGGGGGAGGUGCUGGGGGAGGAGCUGACCAAGGAGGUGGAUGGCGAGUGGGAUCCUAGGGCGUUGACAGUUGUGAAGUGA